AUGUCAAUAUGCUGCCACAGCCGUGGGCGUAGGGCUGCCUUAGAGAUCCAACUGAAGUACCCUUCAAGGGACGAGAGCCUCCGGUACCAGCAGCAGCUGGGCCAGCAGACGGAGCGCCUGUGCCGGGCCGAGCGGGGUCUCGAGGAGAGGGACCGGCAAGUCGAGGACCUGCAGCGGCUGUUGCGCGGCAUGGAGGCCGAGAGCGCCGCCCUGCAGGAGAAGAUGAAGGCCAGCGAGGAACAGCUGCUGCAGAUGCGUUCUUACAAGGAGGGCCAGUGCGGCAAGAAUAAGAGGUCUGAGGAGCUGGAGAAGGAGGUGGCCAUUCUCAAGGAGAAGAACCACCACCUGGACGACAUGCUGAAGUGCCAGCAGAGGAAAGUGCGGCACAUGAUCGAGCAGCUGCAGAACUCGCGCACGGUGAUCCAGGAACGGGACCGCGUGAUCCGGGACCUGGAGGAGAAGGUGGCCUAUCUGGAGGCGGAGAACAAAGAAAUGCGGGACCAGAUGGAUUACUUCCUGGGGGGCCAGGGGCCCGCCUCCUACCUACCACCGGAGCACAACUCACAGAUAGUCUACAGCAAGCAAUUCCAGCCCUCGACGCAAAGCAGCAAGACCCUACCUUUCAUCAAAGUCAUCGAGAUCAAGUCGUGAGCAGCUAUCAGGAGGGACAAACACCACAUUGUCACCACAAACACAAGUUACGCAAGCCAGCGGUGCUGGUGGCCAGCUGGUUUCAGAGCUACACACUCGAUACAGCUACACAAGUUGCCGUGCACACCUUCUGCUACUAAUUUAUAAAUCUUGGUAGAAUGUCACAUCAGAUAUGAUCCCAUUUCCUGUCAGAGUUCAGUGUUUCUAGACAUGGGUCAGUUUAGACUCAGUUAAAUUUUAUAUUUAAUGUUUUGGAUCCAAAUUGGCGACAGGAGAAAAUUAACUACGAUAAUUUCCUCCAGUCAAUGGACAUCAUUUAUAUACUCACUGUAAUAGUAGAAGAGAACAGAAAGAGAUGCUUUGAAAUCCAUUGAACUGAAAGAAUGAAGGAGAUUUAUCGUUUGUUUUGAUCUCAGAUACUGGCUGUCUUCCGGGACCAGGGGUUAUUCUUGUACUUGUGGUCAAAGAGUAUGGGCUAGAUUUGUUUAAAAUGUGGGGAAACUGACGUGAGCAUUCGGGUACGUUUGAAGGAACAAGAUGUUUUGCAUGCUUGACACAAAGGCAGCGCUAUUUGAAACUGGUUCGCAUGUAUCGGAUUCAGUUUAAUCAGGUCAUCUAGUCUGUGCCGGAACCAAUAGCAGAUGUGUCAUGUGACAUUAUCAUUGUGUACACCCUGCUCUGUAAGCCGGGAAUGCCAGCCAUACGGUGCCUUGGCUUGGUAGUCACACUCGAAAAAGAUAUGCAUUUAACAAGGUUAACACUCUCCCUUAUUGGCUGAACAUUUUAUCCAGUAACCCACAAUCCUUUGAUCUGUUUAAAUCACCAAUGAAAACAGUUUUCUGGUUCUGCAAGGGUUUCCUCUGCACGAAGGUGAUAAUGGUGGCUUAGCCUCAGUUGUAAAUCUGUUAAUAUUGACUGUGAGUCCUGGGUUUGUGUCCUUGCAUUUCUAUUUAUUAUGUAAUGUUAAUUGUGAGUCUUUGGGUAGAAGGAGGUAUUUGUGUUUGGCACAACACCAUUAUAUAGGGGAUAUCGUUCAGCGAUCACACAAGCUAAACUCAAAAUGAGUCCAGUUCACUGAACACUGUGAAGUCACUGACCGGACAUACCACGAUUAUGAAGAAUGACCGUUUUGAACACAUAUUUAUACGAAGAUCCUCAAGUGUGUGUGCACUCCAGUCCUGUGAGCUAUAUGUUGUAUUUUGCUUGUACAUGUUAUUUUCAUUCCAGGGUCUUGCCUCACUGUUUCAUAUAUAGCUCUGUUUCUCUGGUUUACACAGAAACAUGCUUUGGGUAGAAAUUAGCUAUCUGGCAGACUUGAGCUUACCUAAAAGCACUUCUUUGGCAUAUACACAGAUUAAUAUAUAAUGUGAAAGUAAGUAUAUUAGAAACAGUUCCGUUCAGUGUGCAUAUAAUCAUGCUUUGUGUACUAAUUUUUAAAUAAAGUUAAUGUAAAAUGUU